GUCAACGACGUCACAUGCUCCCUCAUGUCAUGCUUAAUAAAACAACCCACCCAUGCGGGGGCAACGCCAGACCCAAAAACGACGUCGUCCCCACCGGCCCCUUCCCCUCCCUUCCGCCGUACAAUCAUGACUCCCACCGCCUCGCCACCGCCUCGAUCGUACCGCCGUCCCUCGUGACCGCCGUCGCUGCCACCUCCUCCUGGCUGCGCAAUCGCCGGAUUCGUUACCUCUUGCUCCUGCUCUGUUCUCCUCUUCUUCUAUGCCUCCUGUUCUUCGCCUUCCCUUUUCUCUGCGCCGUAGAUCUCUGCCUCCGCCGCUGUCUCUGGCGGAAACUCUUCCGCGAUUCCCGCGACGAUGAGCAGCUGAGACGAUGCGAGGAAGGUUGCAGCGGAUGCGGCGGAGAUGAGGAGAAGGGUCUCUUGCAUAGGUAUUUGGAGGAUCAGCUUCGUCUGGUUGGAUCUAUGUAUGAGUGUGGGGACGAUGAAGAUGAAGAAGGACAAGAAGAAUUUCGAAGGGUCCAAGAAGUUGAGAAUCUGCACAGCAGUAUGACUCCUCUAUUGAGCUGAUCAAUUCUCUUCUCUUGACCUUUUUUCUUGGUUGAAUAGAAAAUUUUUCGUUUUACCAGUUUCACAGUUUGUGUAGAUAAAUAUCUAAUUUUGAUGCUUUAUAACUGUAGAUUUUUCACCUGUAUUGAAAAUUUUACUUCUGAUUAGGGAUUGCUACUUACUUCUCACUUUUGGUUUGUUCUUGCCAUCUUAAUUUUGGUAACCCCCCCUGGAAAAUCACAGAUUCUGGAGAAAUUGUAACAUUUAAGUUAUGCAGAGAUAUUGAGCUUUAGUCCGUUUGUUUC